AUGGCUGAGAAAUUAAAGAGGCAUAUCAGCUUGACGAAGUUAAACAUAAACAACCUUGAGAUCAGCCAUGCUAAUUCGAUCCAAGCUACUGAGAUGGUUCAGAAUUCCACAGAUGAUUUGGUUGCUGUGAUUAACACUUACAAUUGUAAGAAGUACACAAACAAUGGAGGAAGCAAACCUAAAUGCACAUUUUGCGAGAUGAUUGGACACACUAUUGACAAGUGUUACAAAAAGCACGGCUACCCCCCGGGGUGGGUGCCAGGCUUCGAAUCCAAAGCCAAACAGCAUGGAACAGCCUCUGUGGUGAAUAAUGUGACAGACCUAGGUGUCACAAGUGAUCAGUUUCAAAAACUUAUGGCAGCCAUUCAGAAUCGGAUGAGACAACCUUCUAGUUCUGGUACUGCAGCAUCUAUUUCUCUAAUUCCCAAGUUCAAUGAGGACAACAUAGAAGGCAAGUCAUCUAUCCCUUUUGUUAAUUCUCUAUCUCUGUGUAACUCAACAUGGAUUGUAGAUUCUGGAGCCACUAAUCACAUUACAUGUUCCCUUGAGACAUUUGAUGAGUAUUAUGUGGUUGAAAGGGAUGAAGUUAGCCUGCCUACUGGGGAACUGGUUGCUAUCAAACACAAAGGAAACAUAAGACUUGAAAGCAAUCUUUGGCUAAAAGAUGUUAUUCACAUACCAUCAUUCCAAUUUAAUAUAUUGUCUAUGAGCAAACUUCUCCAAGAUACUUCCUAUAAUAUGGUUUUUACGUCUGGACAGUGCUUGAUUCAGGAACCUCUUGGGAUGACGGUUGGUUUAGCUACACAGGAAAAAGGGUUGUACCUCAUGAUGAAGACACCACUGAAUUCCAUUCUUGAUCACAGGAAAUUGGUUAUGCAAUUGGAUGAUUUUUCAAGGUUCACCUGGCUGCACUUGAUGAAAAUGAAAUCAGAAGCCAAAGAGUUAAUAAAACAGUUCCACAGUUUUGUAUUUACUCAAUUCGGAGCCUUGAUUAAUGUUUUGCGAAGUGAUAAUGACCUUGAGUUUGAUAUGAAGGAGUUCUUUGGGGAUAAAGGCAUUAUUCAUCAAACGUCGUGUGUUAAUACUCCACAACAAAAUGCUGUGGUUGAGCAAAAACACCAACAUAUCCUCAAUGUUGCAAGAGCACUUCGGUUCCAAGCCCAACUUCCCCUAGAAUUUUGGGGGUUGUGUCUUGCAUGCUGUUAG